AUCCCCAAACCCAACCCAAGAAGCGGGAAACAGAAAAGGAGAAAUAAUAUAUAAAGGAAAAAGAAGAGGGAAAAGAGAAGUCGCUUUAAACGCAGGCAAGGCAAGAAACAGGCAAGCAAGACGAAAAUGGCGCCAGUACUGCAGAGCUCCCAACCUUGGGUUGAAAAAUAUCGGCCAAAGCAAGUGAGAGAUGUGGCACAUCAAGACGAGGUUGUUCGAGUUCUCACCAACACCCUCGAGACCGCCAAUUGCCCGCAUAUGCUCUUUUACGGUCCGCCUGGCACUGGCAAAACCACUACCGCUCUCGCCAUUGCCCACCAGCUAUUUGGACCUGAACUCUACAAAUCUAGGGUGUUGGAGCUAAAUGCAAGCGAUGACCGUGGGAUCAAUGUUGUUCGUACAAAGAUCAAAGAUUUUGCUGCUGUUGCUGUAGGAUCUGCUCAGCGUCAGGGGGGUUAUCCCUGCCCACCAUUCAAGAUCAUUAUUCUUGAUGAAGCAGAUUCGAUGACAGAAGAUGUGCAGAAUGCCUUGAGACGUACCAUGGAAACUUACUCAAAAGUUACACGCUUCUUUUUCAUAUGUAACUAUAUAAGCAGGAUCAUAGAGCCACUUGCUUCAAGAUGUGCCAAGUUCAGAUUCAAGCCACUUUCAGAUGAAAUCAUGAGCAGUCGUAUAUUGCACAUAUGUGACCAAGAAGGCCUCAAUUUAGAUUCAGAGGCGCUUUCAACAUUAAGUUCCAUUUCACAGGGUGAUCUUCGUCGGGCUAUUACGUAUUUGCAGGGAGCUGCACGCCUAUUUGGAUCAUCAAUUUCUUCCAAAGACCUACUUAGUGUGUCGGGGGUUAUCCCUGUGGAAGUUGUUGAAGCACUUUAUGCUGCAUGCAAAAGUGGUAACUUUGAUUUGGCAAACAAGGAAGUCAAUAAUAUAAUUGCAGAAGGCUAUCCAGUUUCUCAGAUGCUUUCUCAGUUAUUUGAUGUGGUUGUUGAGGCAGAUGAUGUACCAGAUGAGCAGAAAGCUAGAAUUUGCAAGAGUUUGGCUGAAGCAGAUAAGGUUACUUUUCCUACAUAAGCGUCUAGUUGAUGGUGCGGAUGAGUAUUUGCAGCUGCUGGAUGUGGCCAGCAACACAAUGCGAGCUUUGUGUAACAUGCCACAGGAAUUCUCUUUUGAAACUUAGCGGGAAAGCCCAGUGUGAGAUGGCAGAUACUUUUGAAGACAAGGAGAGAUUCUUCAACCCUUUGGACUGUAAACUGGUACAUAUUGCAACAAACCUGCUUUUCAAACUUUCUGUCAUGCCUGAUUGUCAUAGAUGGGUCCAUCCUUUUGAAUCUCUUGUCAUUUAACAUGGAUUUUGUGUUAGUUCUCUAUUUAA